CAUUUUGCCGAAAGAUUGUCAUAUAUUAUGUAUGUUUACUUUGAGUGGAAAUGCUAACUCCCCAACUUUGGAAAUCCCUAUUAUAAGAAUGUCGAUUUCUUAAAUAAAUCGAUUUUUAUCGGUUAACCUAUAAAUUAUAUUUAAUUGUUUAAAUUAGAAUUCAAUGAAUUCAUUAGAGAAUGCGUAACGGCGUUUUGAAGUUGCUUCCAAAAGGCGAUUGUUUUGAGCUGUCUAGGUAAUGAACAAAGGGCUUCAUAAAAAUAAACUCAAUAUGGCUACUAACAAUAAUCAGAAUGGAUGGAUUAGCGGGCUAAGUUAUGGUGCCCCCUUAUCUGCUGUACAAGAACAGCAACCAGGUACAUCACCAGAAAUGAAUCAAUAUGAACAACUAGACAGACCAAACACAGGAUGUAAUACAUUAAAGAGGAAUCCUAAGAUGGAACUUUCUAAAACAGAUUUGUUAAAGCUAGUCACAUAUUUUGAAGGAGAAAUACAAGCUCGUGAUAUUGUAAUUGCUGCUCUUAAAUCUGAAAAGCUUAAACAAAUUGUAAACUUAGGAAGGUACAAGCCUGCUGUUAUGAAUGAUCCUUAUACAGCAUUAUUGAGAGAUAGCAUUGCUGAUGGUCCCAAUGUUAAGCCUCCAACAAAUGAAAAAGAUAUGACAACUGCUGCUGAACAACAACUACAAGCACUUGAGCAGCUUGCUCUUCAGCAGAGAAGAGCUCAUCAGCAUAUGAUAAAUAUCCUUAAGGAAGCUGAAGCAAAGCAUAAAAAGGUUAUACAGGAGUUGGAAGAAGAGAAGUGUAAACAUGAACAUGACACUGCACAAGGUGAUGAUAUUACAUAUGGUUUAGAAAUGGAAAGAACAAGACUGAGACAAGAGUUGGAGAUGGAAAGGAAUGGAAGAAAAAAAUUAGAAAAGGAGCUUAAAAGGCAGCUUGAAAUGGCAGAUGAAGAGAGAGCUCGGCAAAAACAAAUAGUUUUGCUGUUAUUGGCAGAAAGAAAAAAAAUCAUUGUUAAAUAUAUUGAAGAAAGGAAACGUAGUGAAGAUCUAGCACAAAUAUUAUCAGAGGAAAAAUCUAGAAAUGAUACAAUGGCAGAAGGUUUAGAAGAGGAAAGCAAAAAAUCUCUUCAAAUGGAGGCUGAAUUGGAAAAACAGGGCCACGUUUUUGAAGCCGACAAAAAGUCCUUAAAAUCUCAGUUAGCUUUGAAAGAAGCUAGGUGUGUUGAAUUAGAGGCUGAAAUCCAAAAACUCAAAGCUGAAUGUGAAGCAAUUCGAAAUAGAACAAAUGUACCAUGUGAUACAGCUUCAGCUGUAAGCAGUAUAGCUAAAGCUGUCCAACCCACUGCCACUGUGUCCAGUUUUCCCGUGUCUGGACCAAGUAAGUCAGAAGAAGUGCUUUUGUCAACAGGAAUAGCACAAUCUGUUGUACCAGGUCAAGUAAUCCGUCAAACAGCUGUUGCUCCUGUUUCAAAGUUAGUAACACCAAGUCCUACAAGCUCAGUUACCUCACAGGGUACGGUAAGUAGGGCCCCAGGGAAAUUAGGUUUUCAAUAUCAGUCUAAUGCACCUCAGACGCCCCCUAAGAAGGGUAGUCUAGCGGCCAGAGGCGUUCCACCACCUAUACCUCCAAAUAAACCAGUGAUACCAAUAAAACAAACCACUCCUAGAAGGUUAGAAAGUGCAGCUGACAUUGAGAAAAAAAAGGCAACAGUUCCAGCAAAGGAAGGUACGAUCACAAAUGACACAACGCAAUCUUCUCAAGGAAUUGAAUUGUUAGGUCAAGAAUUGGCAGACUUUCAACAAAUGUUCAUUACAAUGGCGACAGGCAAUAAUAUUUAAAAUUCAUUUCAGAUCAUAACGAUAGGUCUUCUGAGAAAAGUCAGAUGGGUUGAUUAUAGAGGUGGAAUAUGGUGGCCAAUAAUCUCAAAUGAAUUUCACGAUGUCCAUGACUGACCUCGAAAAGUUAGCAAGCUUUUUUUUCAAUUUAAAAUGAUUAUUGCAUCUUGAUUUAGCUCCAUCAUCUUGAAUUUUUAUUUGCAAGAAUUCUCAUAAUGAAAAUUUUAGUUUUAUGACUUCUCACUUCACAUCUUUCUGUGAUACUGAUUUUAUAUCCUUUACUAUGGAAGCUAUACAAAAGACUCGGUUUAUUUAUUUAUUUUUUUAUUAUUAUAUUGGCUUGUUACUGUUUCCUAAAUCAUUUAAUUAUAGCUUGCUAGCUAUUAUAGAGAAAUAUUGUGAAACAAAUUAACAAAAUCCUCUUCCAAGACAGUUAGAUGGUGAGUCUGAAUCAAAAUUAGAAAAUUUCUGCUUCAACUCAGAAAAUAAUUAUCGAAUACUCAAUUUUACUCUGAAAUUUGUAUCUUUAUUUCGGUUAUUUGCUUGUUGCAAUUACAUUUAUUCAAUUGAGAAUUUAAUCUUCCACACAAUUGUUGAAUGCUGAAAUUUUAUUUUUGUAUAGAUUGUAGAUCUGAGUAAUUAACUUAUUCAUUCAAUUGCAGUAUUAUCUGAAUUGAGAUCAAUCGUAAAAUAGAUUUAUAUUGAAAAACAAAAUGAGUAAUUUUACCCCAUGCUGAUAGCAUAUGGUUAAUAUAAUAUUGUACAACUAGGAAAAUAAUUUAAGAUAACAUAACUUUGGAGAAAGACUAUGGCAUUUUCCAAAAACAAAAAUAAAAACGAAUGUAGAAACUUAGAGAACUGCCAAAUAUCAAUGAUUGUUAGAGGAAUGUACAUAUAUUUUUAUGAUUUCUUGGUAUCAUUUUUGGGUAUGGUCCGUAUAUUACCUUGGUUACUAUGUUGAGUAAGUUGGUGAUCCGUAUAUGUCAAAUUAAAAAAAAAAAAUUCAAAAACCAGUGACAAUUUCCUCCAACUUCAGUGAGUUAUCUGUCACCAGAGCAACUGUACUUUUAUUCUGGUUAGGUUCUGUAACCACGCCCACUCGGCUUGGCAGUUGUCAUUUUAAUUUUCAGAUUAUUGUUUAUGAACAUUUUUCAUGACAUCUAACAUUCAAAAACUUUAUUAUUUUAAAUAUGAAACUGAAACAGAUCCAUUAAGAACUUCCAGUUGUCUACAAAUUAAAAGAGAUCAACCAUUUAUAACCCUGAAAAUUCUGUCAAAGAAAAAUUUGGUUGACCAAUGACAAGUGUCAAGCGGUCCGUAAAUACGAAGCAGGUUACCUGAAACAUUGAAAACCACUAGUAACCGCUUUGGAAUUCUCAGCGAUAUACGGACCAUACCCUUUAUCAGUUGCCAUUGUCAACCAUAACGAAUAUCAGAUUUUGUAGUUGUGAAGAUCAUUAAAUUGUUCUGAUAGCACUAAAUAUCAAUUCAAAAUUAUAUUAGCUUUAGGAGAUAUUAUUUCUACUAUAAAAAUUUGAUAGUCGACUAUUGAUAAAAUUAAUACAAAAAAAUUAUGUGGAAUCAUUCCAGUUCUCAGAGAACUCUAUACUAUACCGGAAAGUUGAAGUAACACUCUUGUCCACGGGGUUUUUUUAAUUAGAAUAUGUAGUUUUUGAUCACGUGCGCCAAGCUAUUCAAAAAUGUUCGUACAUAAGAGUGUGUUUACUUCAGCAUUGAAGUAAAGAGAUAUAAAAAAAUGAAUGUUAAUUUCAUACAAACAUAGUGAAAGCCAGUAGAAAAAAUAUCAAUUAGAACCUCACACUCAUUUAAAAAGGUUAUUCGAUAAGUUAGAAGUCCUUAAUUAUUGUGAAUCAAUAGUUUAGAUCGAUGAGAAAGUCCUCAACUGAAAACACCUAAAAUAAUGUUUGAUGUUCCAAUAAUCUUAGCUAACAAAAAUACUUUGUAAGGCAUCUAAAAAUCCGUCUAGUCAACUUGAUAUUCUAUACUCGAAUGCAGCCUACAUUGAUGGUGGAAGUAAUAUUUAUCUCCAGGCUUGCAUUUCAACCUUAUUGAGGUUGUGCUGUACUCAUUCAUGAAUGGGUAUAGUUUUUCUAUUCAUAGAUAGCAAUUGAAGCAAUAAAACAAAAGCUUUCGACUUUAGUGGUUGUUCUAUAUGAUAAUGCGUAAGAUCGGAAUUUUGCUAAAUUUUUCAGAAUCUUGACAGUUACAUUUGAUUUCUUUAAUCAAUAAAAUUUUUAUUGUACAUACUUGGAUUUGGUUUUUCAUAUAAGUCUCAAUGAAAAUGUGCCUUAUACUACUUGAAAUAUCUCAAUACUUAGACAUGUUUCAUUUAUCCAUGAUUAUCCAGAACAAGUGAAGAAAGGUGUUUUAUUUUUUGCAUGAUGUUAAUUUUUGAACCUCAUUUCAGGAAGGUUCUUAGACAAAUAAAAUCUAAUGUAAGAUUUGCAGUGGUGGCUAUCACCCUAGCUUGGAACAUUUUGCAAAAAAAGUCCUCUCUGCUUUAAGAUUAUGUUGGCCACCCUGAAGAGCAGGACAUAAAUAUCAAUAUUAUCUAUUCUUCAAGAAUUCCCCAGAUUUGAGGUCCAUUAAAAUUAAUAUCUUGAACAUAUAAAGUAAUAUUUGAAAAAUUGAUUCAACAAAAACUCAUUGCAAAAUUAUUUAUUUAAAUCUAUUGUGAAAUGAGGUCAUCUGUCAUAAUUCGAUCAUUAUGUAUAUAACAGUUUUAUUUUUAAUUGAAUUGAAGUACUUAAUGCGAAUAUCAACAGGCAGAAAAUGGAAAUCAUGUGCUUCCUUACUUUUCUGAAUAGAAGAAUCCCUUAUUGAUGUCUCACAUGGCAAUCUUGUUUACAACCUUCAGUUGUAGGUAUAUAUAAAUCAACUGUAUAGGUGAAUACAUUAUGAGUUACUUCCUCAGAAGUUUUUAUGAAUUUUUUUGAAAUGUCACAAUGCGACAUUUUGAUCUCAAUAUAUUCCAGUCAAAGAAAUGAUUUCUGAAUGUGAGAAUCACAUUUAAAAAAAUUUAUUUUUAUUGUCGAUUCGAUUGUGAUAUUUAUUUAAGGUAUUGAAUGAUUUCAAGUUUUUGUUCGAAUGUAAAAAUUGAAAAUUAUGCUGGUAUUUAUUUUCGUGGAUUGUUUUUGUGAUUAGGAAAUGUAUGUGUAGAGUUUAUUCAGCUAUCAUAAUCUUAUUUUUAAUAUUGUUCCACCGGAUGAUUGUACAUUUCAGUUAACCUAGUGUAUUUAUUAAUGUGAACAUUGAGAUGAAUACAACAUUAUAGGAUUA